UGGACACACACAACUAGAGAUGGCGCGGCACCCGACCAGAGCGCAAGGACAGUUGGUUGGCGGCGGGGGGGCUUGAGUUAUAGACAGAGGAUUUAAAAUGACUAAAUGAAUAAAAAAAUUUAAAUAUAUCAAGAAAAAAAGAACAAGGAUUUUCCAAAGGGCUUUCCACUCUGAAAUACAGCGGCAGAACCAGGAGGAUAAUCAAAUAAAAGCGAAUAAGAUCACAGAGGGGGCCAAAGCAAAGGAGGCACCUGCAAAAAAAAAUAAAAAUAAAAAAAGGUGGGGGGGGAGGUGGGAUACAACAAAAGAAAAUUCAACUUUACUGGACGUGAGGACUUCUGGACAUCGGCUAACCGCGGUAGGUCAGAUAGAUGGUUUGUCCACAGCGCUACCCGGAUCAUGAACGCACAGCUGUCGAUGGAGAAUAUAGGCGACCUGCAUGGAGUGAGCCAUGAGUCCGUGUCCGGUCACGGAGAGCUGCUGAGCGGACACAGUCCGCAUUCUCGUCCGAGCCCCCGGGGUUUGAGCCACCGUGCUAUGGGCAUGGCGACCCUGCUGGACAGCGGAGACUAUCACCCCAGCCACCCCGGACACCUGCAUCCAGCCAUCAGCAUGUGUGAAGCCCCCCCUGGCAUGAGUGCGAGCACCACUUACACUACGUUAACCCCCCUGCAGCCUUUACCCCCCAUCUCCACAGUGUCCGACAAGUUUUCUCCCCAUCAUCACCACCACCAUCCCCAUCAUCCUCACCCUCAUCCCCACCAGAGGAUCCCCGGAAAUGUCAGCGGCAGCUUCACGUUGAUGCGGGAGGACCGGAGUCUGGCGCCUAUGAACAGUCUGUAUCCCGCAUAUCAUCACAAGGAUCCUUGCAUGGGCCAGAGCCUCUCCCCGUUGUCUGGUUCCGGUCUGGCCAGUAUACACACGUCCCAGGCCGGCAUCCCUCCCUACGCUCAUCCCGGUGCCGCCAUGCCUGGUGAGAAGAUGCUCACACCCAGCGGGUUUGAGGCUCAUCACCCGGCCAUGCUCAGCAGACAUGCGGAGCAGCACAUGAGCUCUUCCGCUGGCAUGGUACAAAUCAACGGCCUCCACCACCACCCGCACGCCCACCUUGGCGCGCAGGGACAUGGCCAGGUACUGGGGACCAGUCGGGAGCAGGCCUCUGGGCCCGGGCAGCAGGGGGUCGGCGGUGCAGGUGGUGGUGUUGCUGGGGGACAGAUGGAGGAGGUGAAUACCAAAGAGGUGGCGCAAAGGAUCACCACGGAGCUGAAGCGCUACAGCAUCCCUCAGGCCAUCUUUGCCCAGCGGGUCCUGUGCAGAUCCCAGGGGACCCUGUCCGACUUGCUGAGAAACCCCAAACCAUGGUCAAAGCUCAAGUCCGGCAGGGAGACCUUCCGUCGCAUGUGGAAAUGGCUGCAAGAGCCUGAGUUCCAACGCAUGAGUGCGCUCAGGCUCGCAGGUGAGCGAAGCCUCGCAUGUAAGCGUAAGGAACAGGACCACGGCAGGAGCGAGCGGGGAAGUGUGACCAAAAAGCCUCGGCUGGUGUUCACAGAUGUGCAGCGGCGGACGCUUCACGCCAUCUUUAAGGAGAACAAGCGUCCAUCCAAAGAGCUACAGCUCACCAUCGCCCAGCAGCUGGGCCUCGAGCUGGCUACAGUCAGCAACUUCUUUAUGAACGCACGCCGCCGGAGCCUUGAUAAGUGGGUGGACGAUGGCUCUGGUCACUCAGCCAACUCUGGCCCCAAUGCCUGCACCAAAGCCUGAAGUCGGACUGAUCUGACCAACUCAUGGACUGACUCAAUCUCGGUGGAAAAGCUUUAAAACUUAAAGAGAAAACAAAGAAAACUUAAAAAGACCUUGAAGCAACGUUUUGCCCUUAAACCUGUACUAUACUGAUAUUUAUAGUAUCCAAAGAUAAAAAACAAACCAAAGACUUCUCGUUUGACCUGCUUUAAAAUGUUUGUUUCAGUAACACAUUUAUGUGUAACAUACUGCAAAAGACUAUAGUUUCACUCCCCCCUCAGACACAAACUUUCACACACACACACACACACACGCACGCACGCACGCACAUAAAGUCACUGGUCUUUAGCUUUACUUCAACCCUGUCACCUCCCCACUCUGUCUCAAUCUGUCAUUUGCCAUCCUUAUCUUUAAUCUGAUUGGUUGGUUUUAAUGAUGGGUCCCUAAAAAUGGAGGUUUAAUCAACCUAUUGGCAGUCUGAUCUGCAGCUGUCCACAGCCUUGAAAAACAGGGAAGAAUGUGGAGUUCCGGCGGGAUUGGCCAAUCAAUUUUAAAGAAAAGAAAAUCCUGCUGGAGCAACUGGAUUGUUGUGUAACCUUGUUUGGAUCGGUGGAGUGGACCGUCUGUCUGUGUCUGUGUAUACCUGUCUGUCUGUGGAGCUGUCUGUCUUUCUGUCAAGCAUUCCAGACAGAUGGGGAAAUGUCCAUGAGUAGACUGCUAACCCAAAGCCCAAUCCCACAAAAAUCCUUCCUCAACCCCCAUGGUAGUGCUUUCUUCCAACAUGCUGAGGCAUACAAAGCCUACACAUGGAAGCUUCUCGUGUGGCUUAGAAUUAAAUUGUAAAAACUACUUAUGAACACCUUAUGAAAUAAUCUGACCAAAGAGUGUAUUUUCUAGUUUAUAUCUUAUUCCUCCUUGACUUAAUGAGACAGGCUGUUGGUGAAACACCUCAGAGAGCAGUGUUACCACUCAUGGUUGAUACAGCUUUUUGCAUCAUGAUCAAAAUUUUUGCUCAAAAUUUAAAAUAUUUGCCUUAUUGAUGCCUUCUUGAAUCAAACAAAAUGUUCCAGUUUUAACUUUACAAUCAGUCAGAAUGCUACUGUAUGCUUGUUGUGAGGUUUAAUCAGUACAGAUUACCAGUAAAUCUUUUCACAGGUUUAGCUCUACUCUGUGUUCAGAUGUCAGCAGUUAGUGAACAAAGACAAAGUGUUUUCUCUGUAAAAGUGAAAGCAUGAGAUGCUGGCUUAAUCUCUAUACUGUGUGAAGGGAUUUUCUUAAGGACAAACUGCAUCAUCACCUUGAUAAUAAGGACUGAGCUUCACUCUAUCAUCACUGUACGCUUCAUAUGUAUUUGAUUUUAUCUCCUCAUCAAAGAUGUAGGGCAGAGGAGAUGAUAUCAAUGAUCAAAUCACUUUCAGGCAUUUACACAGCGCAAUGUCAGCUUGUCAUCUGAAUACCAAAGCCCCCCCACCACCACCACCCGUCCAAGUCUCUUGAGCUUGUUGCCUAUCCCCCGCCCUCCCUUUCCUGUUCUAUGUAUGCUAUGUAUUUCAGCACAAGGAGGAAAGCACUACACAGGGCUGGCCCAGGGCAGCGUAGCAUUAGAGAUAUUAAGCUGGACCCCUGCCGUCACCCUCCUCUUGGCCAGGGUUAGCAGCUCUGCAUUCAUCACAGCAAGCGCUGAAGGAGAGGCCAGAGGAAGCUGCUUCUUCAUCUCUGAGAGAAAAACCAAAAAGAUGACAAGACACAAAAAAAAGUGUCAAGACCUGCUGAUGUUUUAUAGUGUGAACCAAAGAUGCUACCUCACUCAAGUUCCAUAUGUGAUUUCUAUCACUUUGAUGAUACCAAAGAUAACCAAAGAUUUUUUCUCAUUGCACGGCCUCUGUGAGUGGUGUUAAAAGAUGUGUGAUGUAUGUGUCCCCUUUCCCCCCUAUCAUCUCUUUUCUGUUCUGUCUUUUCUUCUCCCCUUUUGCUCCUCCUCCCACCUGCAAUCAACCCAUGCACCCCUGCUAUGCGUGUUCUUGCUUCAUCUUGUGCUCUGAUUACAGCUCCAUAGAUAGUCAUGCUGAUGUAGCUAUAGGCAGAUGUGCUGAUCCAGCUGUAGAUACACACAAUUGGCUGUGCAGGUGCCUGCGGGAUGCUGUUGUAGAAAUGUGAUAUGUCUUUGUGCCUGUUAGUAACAAAAAUGCAUUAAUGUCUAUCACUUUUUAGACAAAAAAAAGCCUGUUAAAAUGCAAUCUGACAUUGUUGCAAGCCAAUUAAUAUGUGAAAUUACAUUUUUUAGAUUGAUUCAUCAGUGAUUUAAAGAUAAUCUGUAAGGAUCUAAUGUAGUUUCCACAUCUUUUUUUUUUUUUUUUUUACUUAUUAGCUUUAUAUCCACUUGCCCCAGCCUCUUUCUGUGUUGUAUAGUUCGCUAAUGUUGAUCCAACAGGUCAGACAUCCUCAAAUGACAAUAGGCAGACAGCCUGACAGCCAUGGGCAGAAUUGUUGACUCAACUAUAGGCAGACAUGUUCCUGAAAGUAGAAGCAAAUGUGUUGCAAUCUUUCUAAAACUCCCAGGACGAGUGCCUUGCUUGAACCAAAGUGUUAAACCGCUGUUGACCUCUCACCUUUGACUCUGUGAAUACCUCAGCCUGUAGAAGGGCCACAACUGAAGAAACAAGGAAAAGGUCGUUCUUUUUUCUUUCUGUCUAUCUUUUCUGUCUUUUUUUUUCCUAAAGAAAAAUCACACCGUGGUGCUUUCGCCGGCUCAACCAUGCAAUGAAAACAUACCAAAGGAUUUUUUUUCCACCUCUUCAAAUUAAACCAAAGGUCUUUGUUUCUCCUCCUCUGUGCCCCUUUAAUCCCUCCAUCCCUCUUUCCCCUCACCUUACUUGUCUCUGCUGUGUGAAGGAAGGUCCAGCACUCUGGCCGUGCAUGUCUUUACCAAUGUCUCUGAAUACCUCAUAGUAAUAAUUCCUUUGAGUUCUGCAUUAAGACGUUUAUCUGUGAGUAAGGCAGAACUCCACUUGUAUGGUAAUUGUUAUUGUUACUUCAAAAAGCUGUUAUUUUGAAGUUGUUGUUUGUUCUUUUCUCUAUUCUUUUGGCAAAAGUGCUCUGUUUCACAUCAUGAAGGACAAGUUUCAGGGUUUAUGUAUGAAACCUAUGGGAUGAAGGGAGAAGCGUAUUUUUUAUCAGACAUUGGGUUAUGCCAAUAUUUUGAUGGUAGAUUAUUACUUUUACAGGGUAAAACCAACUGCUGUGAUAUUGUGUUUAUAUUUUCCCUUUUACCUCUGUGUUGUGAUUUUAAUUUAACUCCAUUUUUGUAUUGGUUAACCACUUCUUUAAUUUAUGCAUUUGUAGAAACUCUAGAUUUGUACAUAGUAGGAUUUUUUGGAGAAAAAAAUGACACAAAAAGACAGUUUAUGUUACAGCCUUAUUUCACACACUUAGAUUUAAUAAAGGAGUAGUUUUUAUUCUUCUUCAGCUAAAUCCUAGCCGGCAUUUCAAAGUGUGUUUUGAACACUGCCAGAAACCCAAGAGAGUUGAUUUGCCAGUGCCAACAAAAGUUAAACAGGAGCUACUUUGUUGAGCAGCUGGCAAAAAGCAGUGUGUACGUAUGUGUUUUUUCUAUUCUUUUGACUGUUUGGAAAACAGUUAUUUUAUGGGUAUUACUGCACAUCCAAAGAUUUUU